AAAACAAUUAUACCAAUAACACUGGCAUUUGGAGAAAAACAACUCUAAAACAUUGAUUUAAUAAAAAAAAGUAGAGAAUUGGUUUGAAAACGUUGAUUUUCUCAAAUAAAAAUGAGCGGAACCAUAGCAGUCCACCAGUGUUUGUUCUGUCCACAAACAUUCGACAGUGCCGUAGAAAAGGAUGACCACAUUCUGGAGCAUUUUGCUCAAGAAACGUGUACAGAUUGCGAUCAAAGCCUGAUUCGAAUCGGCAGCAAUUUAUACACACUACACAACGCAGUGACAUGCAUCAAGAGGGAAUCGAAAUCGAAUGUCAGUAUUUUGAAUCAAAGCCAUAGAGGAUCUCUCAACCAAAACCAUGAUGAAGGAGGUUGUAAUGCAACAUUCGCAUCACCCGAGGCCAUUUGUGAUCAGCAACUGGACAUCAAACUCGAGCCCGAAACAGAACAGUAUGAACAGCUCAUGACUGUUGAUCCGAUAAAUUUUACAGAAUCCAUUUACCAAAAUAGUGAUAGAGACCUUUCUGCUAUUGGAGUUACACCAUCGAAAACACUCACUGUUGAUCAAGUGGAAAUUAAAAUGGAGUCACAAGUUGAGCUGUUUAUAUCUGAGGAUGUGAACAACUUGGCGGAUAUAAAUGAUAUGGAUUUUGAUUCAAGUCAGAUGUUUCAAAGUGAAUCUCCAUUCGAAAAAUUGUCUGAACCAAAAAGCGAGAGUAACUCUAAGGAGCACAAGUGUGACUUUUGUGAAAAAUCGUUUCCAAACCCCUUACAACUGGGGCAGCACAGAAAGUAUACACAUACCAUUACAAAUCCGGAUAGAUUGAAAUGUGAAAUAUGCAAAACAACUUUUAAGAGGAAAGAAUAUCUAGACAAACAUAUUAAAUUCAAACACACAGAUCGCAUAAAAUACACAUGUAAGUUUUGCUGGGCGGUGUAUAUGACACAGAAUUCGUUGGACAAUCAUCAUCGAUUUUGCCGAAAACGCUGUAAGAAGUUGGGGAUUAAGUCUCAAAUCAGAGAUAAUUUCAAUGAAGUGGAGCCCAAAGUUGAAGAAAUGACAUCUGUGGCUGCAGAAGAUUUUACCGGAACGAGUCAAGUGUUUCAAAGUCAGUCUGCAACUGUAUCAGUGAAAUCACCCAAAUCAAAGGGACCCAUUGAGUGUGAUGACUGUGGAAAAGUCUUUCAAGGAGCAUCCAAGCUAAAACAACACAAAAUCUACAAUCACACCGCACCAGGUCGAUUCGAAUGUGUUGAAUGCAACAGGAUUUUUCUUAGAGAGCCAUCUCUGCGUAAACAUAUGCGAUUGAAACACAGCGGUACAAUCAACGCAUGCCAUUUUUGCAGUGCACAGUUUGUUUUGAAAAAAUCAUUGGAUGAUCAUCUCACACGCUGUAAGCUACGCAGCAAAUACGAUGAGGAAGACAAUGACAUGGAUGGAUCUAGAACUUGUGAUAUUUGCGAAAAAAUACUUGCCAGUCCAAAAGGUUUACAAACACAUAAAUUUUUAGUUCACAAAACCGGUGGGCACCGAUGCAUCCAUUGUAAGAUAUUAUUUCAUUCAGCCCAAGGUUUGACAAAUCAUGGACCAAAAUGCAGUAAAUUAUCGAAGAUUACGUUCGAGUGUUUUUUGUGUCACAAAUUCUUCAAUUCGAGGAAGUAUCUUGUUCUCCAUUUGCGUAUGGAACACGGUAAUGGCAGUGGUAGAAAGGUCAGGUGUGAAAUUUGCGAAAAAUAUUUCCCUUAUAAAUCGUCAUUAGACAGUCAUAUGAAUCGAAUCCACUUGAAAUUGGCUGGUCAAAACUAUGUGUGCAGCAUAUGCGGGAAAAUAUUAGUAAGCAAACGUGAUUUAAAGUUUCAUGAAUUCACUCACACAGGAGAAAAACCUCUGAAAUGUACUUAUGAAGGUUGUGAUCGAUAUUUUGGAUAUCAUAAUACAAGAAACGAUCAUAUAAGAUGUGUUCAUAAAGGCGAAAAACGAUAUCAAUGUAAAUUUGAUGGAUGCAACGCUCGAUUCGGUGGAAUAAUCGGAUUCAAAAAGCAUAAACUCAAUGAACAUGGCAUACCAAUGAAAAAGUAAUUGAUUUGAUUCUAGACUUAAGCAAAUAAGCAACUGCUCUGUUUUCUAUGCUGAGGUAAAAGUUAAUAAAUUCAUUUAAUGCGAUUAAUACCUCUUUUUUGUAUGAUAUUUCGAAGUAUACUGACAUCCCUAUUGUUGGCCAUUCACACGUCUGGUGGCAAAAAUCAGAUCUUAUUACAUUUUUUUAACAUUCCAAAUAUCACUUUGAAUUUGAGUUUGACAUUUUGCAUGUAAACAAUCACAAUAAACUUGACACUUGGAGAUGAAACACCGAAUUGCUAAAACAA